AUGUCUUCCACUAUUAGCGAUCCACAAGAGACCCUGUCUUUUCUAUGUACACUGGACCCAGUUUCUCUAUCCUGCUUUGAAAAUUCUGAUUUCGACAUUAUCGGUAACGGUCGUCUCUUGGUUUUGGUGACUUCUCCGGACAACCCCAGUCAGGCUAUUGUUCUACGAUUCUUCGAUGAUGAUGAUCAAGAGUGCGCAUUCUCCGUACUCGAACCUCAAACAAAAAUCUGGCUUCAGCAACAGGAUUUACUUAUGGUACCCCGUCAUGAAGGAGGGUUCUGGAGGUUUGAUUUCAGUGCUUCAGACCAAGAGACCUUCUGUACAUUUCAGGAUAUGUUAACUCUUUUCUUAAGAUAUCAGAACCGACACAACAUACGAAAUGCGUUGGUAAUGAUCGAUGCUGAAUCUUGUAAGCUUACGCAAGUGAUUGCCAAAGAUAUAUAUCUUCAAGGACCUCGUCCCGAGGAUAGUCAGGCAAUAAUCGACGAAAAGAUGAUUGAUAAGAAGUUACCCAUGGUUGUACAACGUAUGGACGAAAUACAGACAAUUGGGAUCGAUCCCUUAAGCAAGGCCAGGGUACGCACUAUGUAUCGAACCGGAGAUGCUCUAGUUACCGGAUCAAACUGGCUCGCUAGUGCUCUUAUCUAUGCUGGUAAAACAGUCGCACGGGAGAUUGAAAGCCGAACGACACAGAUUGAAACCACAGCUGAACCUUCAAAUACUGCAUUAAAUAUGGGUGAUAAUGAGCGUUAUUGUCUUGAUGUGAUUCAUCAAGGCACUGGCAUAGUACAAAAGGCUACCGCUAGUUGGCUUAGUAGUGCAUUUUCUGCUACCAUCUCUGGAAUAAGUAAUAUGUACACAGAUGAAUCUCUAGCAUCAUCAGACCCUGUUCAAAGCGCUUCACGACACUUGGGAAUUUCUACACUACAUGCAGCUACAGCUAUUGCCAGCGGUGCAGCUAUUGCAGCAGGCACUAUUCUCGCAUCAUCGGGAAAGGGAGUCGUUCAAGUUAUUAAGAAAAAAUAUGUACUGCCCCGAGGAAAGCCUUCCGUCCGUGAAAUUCCUCGAGCCCCACACCAAGAUGUACUUGUCUAUUUUGACGGAAAUGGAAUGUCACGACAGGUGGUUGUGCAAGAUGAUCCUGACAAUUUUUCGUGGGAUCAGCUAAAUUCAGAUGAACGUUCAGAAAAUGAAUAUGACUGGUCUCGUCAAGAAGAAAUGUCUCAGGAGACAGGAGAUACAGUUGAAUUGUGGUUAGAUUCAUGGCCAUUACCACCAGCUAAUGAAUCAGAAACAUCCUAUGAAGAUGUGUCAUGUGUGGAAAGGGAUGACACUGAAAACAAUCCUCUUGUCAAAGGAAACGUGUGUGUAUAUGUAUAA